UUAUAAACGAGGGAAGUUCCGAGGCGCACCGACAGGGUGCGGUUCCCUUCUGACUUCGCUGUCCUUGCUCCUCAGUGGAGAAGUGGUUCAAAAGUGUGUCCACCGUGAGAGUUGAAGAUUUGAUCACAGCGCAAUACGCACGCUCAUACUAACGAUCCGAGGUGGCUACAAUAACUUAUCACAGAGUUUCUUCAUUCGAAAUUAUAGUGAAUGUUCGUGUUCAACAGCUUGUACAGUUUUAUUAUCUAUCUUGGAUAUAAAAAAAAAAGAAGACAAAUCGUUUCUUUAUCGACCAGCGUUAUGGAUGUUUCCAAAGGUGUCUUGGUUUUCACUCUAGUCUGCACGUUGCGACCUAUGCUGUCCAUUCAGAUAUGUGACAUCAUGCUGGAGAUGGACAAGGAGAGAGAGACGUGCAUGGCCCAGUUAGAAAACAUGACAACAGGUUGCAGUGGGACGUGGGACAAGGUGGCCUGCUGGCCCAGCGCCAAUACAGGACAGGUGGUCACCAUCCCCUGCCCUGUCUACUUCUUAUACUUGACCAACGACUUCAUCAUGGGUAACCUGUCGAAGACCUGCACCAGUGAUGGCUGGUCUGAGGUUAGCCCUGCUUCCUAUGCACUGAAUUGUGGGUACAACGCCAACGUCACCAAAGUUGAUGAUGAUGACAUGGCGGAGUUCUACUGGGCAGUGAAAGUAGGCUACACUAUCGGACACAGUCUCUCUCUCAUCUCCCUCACUAUCGCUAUCGUCCUACUCUGCACUUUUAGGAAGUUGCACUGCACCAGAAACUACAUCCACAUGAACCUGUUUGUGGCGUUCAUACUGAAAGCCAUUGCCGUCUUCAUCAAAGAUGUGGUUUUAUACGAGGUCGCGGAAUCCGACUGUCAACCUGAAACUGUGGGAUGUAAGGCAGGGGUUGUCUUCUUCCAGUACGGCAUCAUGACCAGCUACUUCUGGCUAUUGGUCGAAGGCCUCUACGUCCACACCCUAUUGGCUGUCUCCUUCUUCUCCGAGAGGAAGUACUUCUGGUGGUAUAUUCUGAUUGGCUGGGGAGCGCCGACUGUUUUUAUCACAGCUUGGGUUAUUACAAAGGCUUAUUUAAAACACUCUGGGUGUUGGGACAUUAUUAACGACCAUCCCUGGUGGAUCAUCAAAAUGCCAAUAUUACUGACCAUACUGGUCAACUUCAUCCUGUUCAUCUGUAUAAUCCGGAUCCUGCGUCAGAAAAUGAAUUGCAGAGACAUAGGAAGGAAGGAAUCUCAUCAAUACUCGAGGUUGGCUAAAUCCACACUACUGUUGAUACCUCUGUUCGGAAUCAACUACAUCAUCUUUGCCUUCAUCCCUGAAGACAUCAACACGCGAAUCAGGAUGGUCAUUGACCUGAUUCUAGGAUCCUUCCAGGGGUUUGGGGUUGCAGUCCUGUAUUGUUUCCUAAAUGGAGAGGUGCAGGGGGAGGUGAAGCGUAAGUGGCGGCGAUGGCACAUGCAAAGGUUUCUGGGUAAAGGAGACACCAAAUACCAGCAGCCCCAGUAUCUGGGUAGCAACGGUAACAACUUCAGCACCCAGAUCACCAUGCUGACCAGGUGUAGCCCCACCACACGUCGAGCUUCCGACUGCCAGGAACACUUCUCUGCUAUCUGAGUCCAGCUCUGGGUGGUAACAGAGGGCAGAGAAGAGGAGGCAACAGAGAUGAGCUGCACUGAAGCGCUGUUUAGUAUUCAGUCAGCACAGUAGAGACCACCAGCCAACCACACACAACAACAGCAAUGAUAGGCUUAGAUCAGGAAAGCCGCGGACCAAUUUAACACAAUUUAUUUAGCUUGUUUUUUGUUUAUUUUAGGAAAUCAGUUCCCAAGUAUUCAUACCAACAAACAAAAGACCGACAUCGUGUCACAAUAUAAUCAAGGUAUGAAAUUAUUGUUAUUUUCAAAAUGUAUUUUUGGGCUUAGUUGUGGUUGCAGUGUACACAUUUUUACAUGGGGCAGGAGGUAGCCUAGCGGUUAGAGAGAAGCAAGCCAGCAACCGGAGGUUUGCCAAUUCGAAUCCCGGGUCUGACGGGAAAAAUCUGGCAAAAAGUGAGCUGGCAACCGGAGGGUUGCUGGUAUCAACACACUUAACCCUCCCCCACAACAACAGCUCCCCAGGCACUCAGUGUGGCAGCCUCGACACCUCCAAAACCUGUAUACUGUAUGUAUAUACCUACGUAUGUAUGUGUGUCUUUCGGAGGGGUUGGGUUAAAAGCGGAAGUUACAGUUCGGUUAGACUUUGUCUGACCAAUUGACGAAUAAAGUGAUCUAAAGCUUCAUAACUAUGUUCCGGUCCUCCAACCAGCCGCAAUGACAAAAAUCAGCCCGUGGCUAAAUCUAGUCACCUAAUCCCUGGUCUACACUAUGUGUUAAAUCCAAAAAACCUUCCAGUUCAAAUCACCAUUGGAUAUAUCUCUGUGUGUGUUGAGUGUUGUGUUAGUCCGUGUGGCAGGGUUGAAGGCAAUUCCAUUUUAAUUCUAGUCAAUUCAGAAAGUAAAACCAAAUUCCAAAUUUUAAUCAUGGAAAACCAUUCAAGACAAUUGGAAUUUCAGUGUACUUCCUGAAUUAGAAAUGGAAUUGACCCCAACUCUGCUGUGUGACUUGAGAUAAUCGUAACUUUACAUUGGUCUCAUAAGCUAGCUACAGAAGCCUGAUCCCAGAUCUGUAACAUACUGUAUGUGCUUUAGCCAACUUCUUUGUCAUACAUGUUUGACAUGACAACAAAUGAACAUGAACAGAGAAGUUGGCCAACAGAAGAGCAACCGGUUAUGAGCUACGACUAGGUAUUAGGCUAGGAGCUGGGUAACAGGCUAGGAGCUAGGACUGGGUAACAGGCCAGGAGCUAAGACUAGGUAACACGUUAGGAGCUAAGACUAGGUAACAGACUAGGAGCUAGAACUAGGUAACAGACUAGGAGCUAGAACUAGGUAACAGACUCGGAGCUAGGAGUAGGUAACAGACUAGGAGAUAGGACUAGGUAACAGGCUAGGAGCUAGGACUAGGUAACAGGCUAGGUGAUAGGACUAGGUAACAGGCUAGGAGCUAGGACUCGGUAACAUGUAGGAGCUAGGCAACAGGCUAGGAGCUAGGCAACAGGCUAGGAGCUAGGUAACAGGCUAGGAACUAGGACUGGGUAACAGGCCAGGAGCUAAGAUUAGGUAACAGGCUAGGACUAGGUAACAGGCUAGGAGCUAGGACUAGGUAACAGGUACGGAGAUAGGUAACAGGCUAGGAGCUAGGACUAGGUAACAUGCUAGGAACUAAGACUAGGUCACAGACUAGAAGCUAAGACUAGUUAACAGGCUAGGAGCAAGGUAACAGGAUAGGAGAUAGCUAACAGGCUAGGAGCUAGGACUAGGUAACAGACUAGGAGCUAGGUAACAGUCUACGACCUAGAAUUAGGUAACAUGGUAGGACUAGGUAAAAGGCUAGGACUAGGUAACAGACUAGGAGCUAGGUAACAGUCUAUGACCUAGAAUUAGGUAACAUGGUAGGACUAGGUAAAAGGCUAGGACUAGGUAACAGACUAGGCGCUUGGACUAGGUAACAGGCUAGGAGCUAGGACUAGUUAACAGGCUAGAAGCUAGGACUAGGUAACAGGUACAGAGCUAGGUAACAGGCUAGGAGCUAGGACUAGGUAACAUGCUAGGAACUAAGACUAGGUAACAGACUAGAAGCUAGGACUAGGUAACAGGCUAGGACUAGGUAACAGGAUAGGAGAUAGAUAACAGACUAGGAGCUAGCACUGGGAAACAGGCUAGGAGCUAGGACUAGGUAACAGACUAGGAGCUAGGUAACAGUCUACGACCUAGAAUUAGGUAACAUGGUAGGACUAGGUAAAAGGCUAGGACUAGGUAACAAAUCAGGAGCUUGGACUAGGUAACAGGCUAGGAGCUAGGACUAGGUAACAUGCUAGGAACUAAGACUAGGUAACAGACUAGAAGCCAGGACUAGGUAACAGGCUAGGACUAGGUAACAGGCUAGGAGCUAAGACUAGUUAUUAACAGGCUAGGAGCAAGGUAACAGAAUAGGAGAUAGAUAACAGACUAGGAGCUAGCACUGGGAAACAGGCUAGGAGCUAGGACUAGGUAACAGACUAGGAGCUAGGUAACAGUCUACGACCUAGAAUUAGGUAACAGGGUAGGACUAGGUAAAAGGGUAGGACUAGGUAACAGACUAGGAGCUAGGACUAGUUAACAGGCUAGAAGCUAGGUAACAGGCUAGGAGCUAGAUAACAGGCGAUAGGACUAGGUAACAGGCUAGGAGCUCAGUAACAGGAUUUGGUAACAGACUAGGACUAGGUAACAGGCUAGGAGCUGGGUAACAGGCUAUGAGCCAGGGCUAUAGAUAACAGGCGGAUAACAAGAGCUAGGUAAAAGGCUAGGAGCUAGGACUUGGUAACAGGCUGAACUAGGUAACAGGCUAGGAGCUAGGGCUAGAUAACAGGCUAAGAGCUAGGACUAAGUAAGUGGCUAAGACUAGGUAAAAGGCUAGGUAUGUUACGGGCUAGGAGCUAGGUAACAGGCUAGGAGCUAGGACUAGGUAACAGGCUAGGCCUUGGCAAGAGUCUAGGAGCUAGGAGUAAGUAAAAGGCUAGGACUAGGUAGCAGGCUAGGACUAGUUAACAGGCUAAGAGCUAGCACUAAGUAACAGUCUAGGACUUGGUAAGGGUCUAGGAGCUAGGACUAGGUAACAGGCCAGGAGCUGGGACUAUGUAACGAGCUGGGAUUAUGUAACAGGCUAGGACUAUGUAACAGGUUAGGAUCUAGGUAACAGGCUAGGAGCUUGGACUAGGUAACAGGCCAGGACUAGGUAACAGGCUAGGACUCGGUAACAGGCAUAGGCUAAGUCUAGGUAACAGGCUAGGACUAGGUAACAGGCUGGGAGCUAGGACUAGGUAACAGGUUAGGAGCAAGAGUGAUUGACUGGCUGUGCUGGCCAGUUCACGUUACUCAACUUUAGAGUUACACGUUGUCGACGUGGCAGCAUCUACAUUGGAAGGAUCUCAAAGUGAAACGUUAUCCACGUGGUCUAGUCUAUAUUGGAAGCAUCUGGUCUCGUCCCUUAUCUAUCUAGUAUCCAGCUGUCCAUGAUCAACCAUUGACGAAGACACUUUUAUGUACCAGAAUUAUGUUGGGUUGAAACAUAGCUGGAUAACAUUCCAAGAAAAGAAGAUUGAAGCGGCAAGAUGUUUUCAUUGUAAGGCAGAGUCUCUUAGUGCAUAGUUUGGUGUGCAGACAGUCAGGUAUUUUGCUCUUACAUUCCCCUCAACCCCCCCCCCCCCCCCUCCCCCUCUCUUAAAAAAAUGUUUUGAGUUUCACUACAGAUGCACCUGUAUGUGUUUUUAAUUAAAAACGUAAACUUAUCCACUAAAGAUCAUAAGUGGGAAGGCCAGGCGGUUAGCCAUGGUGUUUAGCCAUAUGGUGAAGUUUCCUCCUAUAGCUCCUAACCUGUUGCCACCUCUACGAGGUAAGAUAUCUGAUUUCAAUGGUACUGAAUUGUUUCCCACUUGGGUUUCUAAAACCUUUCAGAAAUCUGUGUUGUUUACCUUGUUGUAUUUCAUUGUACGUGUGAAUACGUGAAUGUACCUCUCACCUAAACAUGUCAUACAAUUGUUCCAGCUAUGGGCGAAUCUACAUAUACAGUAGGAAUGAAGUACGUGUUUUAUCAUGUGUUUUAUUGUGGUUAUUUACAGUUCUCAGGUGUUGACUGGAUUUCAAUGCAUAUCAUGUAUUAUGUCAUUCUUUUAACGUUUAUAUUUGUGUUACAUUGUUCAGUUGUAUUAUUUUAAACACACUGUAAACACAUUGAUAUUCUCAGUCAUUUGAUAGGAUAUCUACAAGAAUAACUUAUGUUUGACAUUCUACGGAAUGCUUUGGAACAUUCCGAACAACACAAAAAGCGUGGUGUAAAUAAAGUGUGGUGUAAAUAAAGUGUGGUGUAAAUAAAGUGUUUUGUAAAUAUUGUGCAAUUCUGCUUUUGGAUUCAGUUUAAAUGAUGUUCUAGUAAAGACAGAAGCAAAUGAAA